CAGUUGUUUUGAGCAAGAAUCACAGCGCUAACGGGAAGGUCACAGCUCUACUUUGCUUGCAAUGCGUUGCCUCCGCCUUCAUCUUGGAACCAGUAAGCUAACGGAACGGCGGCCAUGUGUCGAGUCUGAUCCAUCCAAAUAGCGUGGGCGAGCUAGGUUGGAUUUAGUACUUGGGGGGUAAAUCAUCUUCAAGCAAAAGAUCCAAACUUUGGGAGAAGAGGGAUCAGCAAUGGCGUCGAACCCUUCUCCUUCUUCUCCUUCCUUGAACAGUGGAUCGGUUCUCCAAUUCGAUCGGUUUCAAAGCUUGGUUGAUGUGGGUUUCUGGCAUCGCCUCUCGUCUCUCAAGCUUGAAACCCUUGGCAUCGAUCAGUCUCCCAUCACCCUCGUCGGUUUUUUUGCACCUCAUUCCCGUGCUCAAGUUUCAAACCACUUAACUCUUCUCUCUGAAUCAUUACCAACUGCUCCUAUUGAACAUGCAUCAUCAAUUGAAACAAAUCUGGGUAACAGGAACAGAUGUCCUGUUCCAGGCAUUCUGUACAACACAAAUACAUUGGAGGAGUUCAAAGAGCUUGACAGAGACAAUCUGCUGCAGAUUGAAGCAAACAAGAUCUUGGAAGACAUUCGAUUAGGAAAGGUGGAAGAAGAUAGCACAUUGCUCUUGAGGUUUCUUGUGAUCUCAUAUGCUGAUUUGAAGACAUGGAGCUUCCGCUACUUGUUUGCAUUUCCUGCUUUGGUCAUUGAUCCACCAGCAACCUUAAUGAGUUUGCAACCUGCCACACAGAUACUUACUGCAGAAGAGGCAGAAUCUUUGUCUGCAGCAUGCAAUGAAUGGCGAAGCUCAAGCUUAACCGCAGGCAUUCCAUUCUUUAUUGUUAGCAUAAAUUCGGACUCGCAGGCCACUCUCAGGCCACUGAAGGAUUGGGAAUCCUGCCAAGGUGAUCAGAAUAAGUUACUCUUUGGCUUUUAUGAUCCAUGCCAUCUCAAAACUAAUCCUGGUUGGCCUCUUCGUAACUUCCUUACAUUCAUUUGUUUGAGAUGGAAACUACAGAAGGUUCGUUUUUUUUGUUACCGUGAGAGACUUGGUUUGGCCAAUUUAGAAGUUUCCCUUAUUGGUGAUGCAUUGAUCUCAAUACAGAAAGAUUUCACAGAACCUCAAUACAUACCUAAAGUGGUAGGCUGGGAACGAAUUGGAAAUAGGCUGGCUCUCAGAUGUAUCAGCCUUGCAGAAUCAAUGGAUCCACAAAGGUUAGCUGCAUCUGCUGCUGAUCUAAAUUUGAAACUAAUGAGAUGGCGUGCAGUUCCAUCUCUGAAUUUAGACGUUUUGAAAACUGCAAAAUGUCUUCUCUUGGGUGUUGGUACCCUUGGAUGCCAGGUUGCUCGUACAUUGUUGGGCUGGGGUGUCCGGAAGUUGACACUUGUUGAUAGUGGGCGGGUAUCUAUGUCGAAUCCUGUUAGACAGUCACUUUAUACAUUUGAUGAUUGUCUUAAUGGUGGUCGGCUAAAAGCUGAGGCAGCUGCAAGAAAUCUAAACGCUAUAUUUCCUGCCAUGGAAACAGAAGGAAUUGUGAUGGCAAUACCUAUGCCGGGACAUCCGAUACCUGCUCAAGAAACAGCAAGUGUGCUGGAAGACUGCAAGCAUCUUCAGGCUUUGAUUGCAUCCCAUGAUGUUGUUUUCCUAUUGACAGACACUAGGGAAAGCCGAUGGCUUCCUACUCUUUUUUGUUCACAUGAAAACAAGAUUCUUAUUAAUGCAGCUCUGGGAUUUGAUAGCUACCUUGUUAUGCGGCAUGGAGCUGGUCCCAAUGUCUCCACUCCUGAUAACAAUCUUGAAUGUCGAGAUGACAGGACUGCUGCUGCUCUUAUGAAUGAGUUAUCUCUAAAAGACGUGGGUGCAAAGCAGCGCCUGGGAUGUUACUUCUGCAGCGAUGUUGUUGCGCCUAUGGAUUCGACAUCCAACCGCACUUUGGACCAACAAUGUACAGUCACAAGGCCUGGCCUCGCACCCAUUGCUGCUUCCCUUUCCGUCGAAUUGAUGGCAAAUAUUUUAAAUCAUCCUCGCCGGAUAUUCGCACCAGGUGAGAUUGCCAGCUCUAUAACCGGCAACAGUGCACAACCUCUUGGUCUAGUGCCCCAUCAAAUCCGUGGCACCAUUUCACUUUUCUCCCAAAUGACACUCCUUGGCUAUUCUUCAAGCAGUUGUACAGCCUGCUCUGACACUGUUUUAUCGGAGUUUAGAAGCAGAGGAAUGGAUUUUGUUCUGCAAGCUAUCAACCAUCCGACGUAUUUGGAGGACCUCACUGGAUUGACAGAGCUCAAGCAAGCUGCGGGUUUGUUUGAGUUGGACUGGGAUGACGAAACUGACGAUGAUGCAGAAAUACAAUAAACCAACCACACUGGCGAAUGUAUUAAGAAGUAGACAUGACUCAUGUCGGACCUGUAUUUAUCCUUAUUUUCUCAUUCUUUUAUAGGAUUAGUUUUACUGCACUUUACUCAUUGUUCGAAUAUGACCUGGAAAGUAAAAUUCACAUCGUAGUUGUUCCUACUCAGCUUGUGUUACUAUAUUUACUGAAAGGGCCUUAUUAUUCUACUAAACAAGUGCAAUUCUUGAGUCA